CUUCUGGCUUUGCUGGAGAAGAGCCAUCAAUCCCAUCAGGGCUGCCCUCUCUGAAGGCAAACAGCAGCAGGCAGGCUGGGGGCUCUGAAGAGGAACACUCCCAUCCUCUGGCUCACCGUUUGCAGUUCAUUUCUGGGUUUGUGUUCCAGUUUCUGUCCUCCCUUGGUGUCUGGCUCUGCGUAACAGAUAGCAGCAGGCCUGCCAUGAUGGGGUUCCUCUGAGUCCCCAGGAGUGUGCUUAAGGCUUGGAUGGUGGUGCUGCUCAUCACAGACAAUGUGGCUGAUACUUCAGAGAAACCCGUCCUUGUCCCCUGUUCUCCAAGUGCCUGAGUUGGCUGCAGGCCGGGACCUUUGCCUCGUGCUCUGGGUUCUAAGCUUGGCCAUUGUACAGAUGGAUGGCCAGGUCUACUCCCCGACUGUCAACACGCACUAUGGGAAGUUACGAGGGGUCCGGGUUCCGCUGCCUAGCGAGAUUCUGGGUCCUGUGGAUCAAUACCUGGGGGUCCCUUAUGCAGCCCCUCCUGUUGGGGAGAAGAGGUUCAUGCCCCCUGAGCCACCCUCCUCCUGGUCUGGAAUAAGGAAUGCUACCCACUUCUCACCAGUCUGCCCUCAGAACAUCCACAGUGCAGUCCCAGAGAUCAUGCUGCCCGUCUGGUUCACGUCCAAUCUGGAUAUAGUUGCCACAUACAUUCAGGAUCCCAAUGAGGACUGCCUGUACCUCAACAUUUACAUUCCCACCGAGGAUGUAAAACGGAUUUCCAAGGAAUGCGCCCGAAAGCCCAACAAGAAAAUAUGUAGGAAAGGAGGAGCCAGCGCUAAGAAACAGGGCGAGGACUUAGCGGAUAAUGACGGGGAUGAAGACGAAGACAUUCGUGACAGUGGGGCCAAGCCCGUGAUGGUUUAUAUCCAUGGCGGCUCCUACAUGGAGGGCACAGGGAACAUGAUUGAUGGCAGCAUCCUGGCCAGCUACGGCAACGUCAUCGUCAUCACCCUCAACUACCGCGUGGGCGUGCUAGGAUUCCUGAGCACCGGGGACCAGGCAGCCAAGGGGAACUAUGGGCUGCUGGAUCAGAUCCAGGCGCUGCGCUGGAUCAGUGAAAAUAUUGCCUUCUUCGGGGGGGACCCCCUGCGAAUCACUGUCUUUGGCUCCGGCAUCGGCGCCUCCUGCGUCAGUCUGCUCACUCUCUCCCACCACUCAGAAGGUCUCUUCCAAAGAGCCAUCAUCCAGAGUGGCUCUGCUCUCUCCAGCUGGGCAGUCAACUACCAGCCUGUGAAGUAUACCAGCCUGCUGGCCGACAAGGUAGGCUGCAACGUGCUGGACACUGUGGACAUGGUGGAUUGUCUGCGACAGAAGAGUGCCAAGGAGCUGGUAGAGCAAGAUAUCCAGCCAGCCCGCUACCACGUGGCCUUUGGGCCCGUCAUCGAUGGAGAUGUCAUCCCGGACGACCCUGAGAUCCUGAUGGAGCAGGGCGAGUUCCUGAACUACGACAUCAUGCUGGGGGUGAACCAGGGUGAGGGGCUGAAGUUCGUGGAGGGUGUGGUGGAUCCCGAGGAUGGUGUCUCGGGCAGUGACUUUGACUACUCUGUCUCCAACUUUGUGGAUAACCUAUAUGGCUACCCAGAGGGGAAGGACACCUUGCGGGAGACCAUCAAGUUCAUGUACACAGACUGGGCGGACAGGGACAACCCCGAGACACGUCGCAAAACCCUGGUGGCCCUGUUCACUGACCACCAGUGGGUGGAGCCGUCAGUGGUGACGGCUGACCUGCAUGCUCGCUACGGCUCCCCAACCUACUUCUACGCCUUCUACCACCACUGCCAGAGCCUCAUGAAACCCGCAUGGUCUGACGCGGCCCAUGGAGAUGAGGUGCCUUACGUCUUCGGGAUCCCCAUGAUUGGCCCCACUGACCUCUUCCCUUGCAAUUUCUCCAAGAACGACGUCAUGCUCAGCGCCGUGGUGAUGACCUAUUGGACCAACUUUGCCAAGACUGGGGACCCCAACAAGCCUGUCCCCCAGGACACCAAGUUCAUUCACACCAAGGCCAACCGCUUUGAGGAAGUGGCGUGGUCCAAGUACAACCCUCGCGACCAGCUGUACCUGCACAUCGGCCUGAAGCCAAGAGUACGGGACCACUACCGAGCCACCAAGGUGGCCUUCUGGAAGCACCUGGUGCCCCACCUGUACAACCUGCACGACAUGUUCCACUAUACCUCGACCACCACCAAAGUGCCACCGCCAGACGCCACCCAGAACUCGCACAUCACCCGCCGGCCCAACGGCAAAAUCUGGACUACCAAGCGCCCAGCCAUCUCCCCGGCUUACAACAGCGAGAACCCCAGGGAGAAGUGGAGCCCGGAGCAGGAGGCCGGCACGCUGCUGAUCGAGAACCCCCGGGACUACUCCACCGAGCUGAGCGUCACCAUCGCUGUGGGGGCCUCCCUGCUCUUCCUCAACGUGCUGGCCUUCGCUGCGCUCUACUACCGCAAGGACAAGCGCCGGCAGGACACACACCGCCAGCCCAGCCCCCAGCGCAGUGCCCCCAACGACAUCGGCCACACGCCUGAGGAGGAGAUCCCCUCCCUGCAGAUGAACCAGGCCCACCACGAAUGCGAGUCAGGGCAGGCACACGACGCCCUGCGGCUCACCUCCCUGCCCGACUACACGCUGACCCUGCGCCGCUCCCCAGACGACAUCCCUCUGAUGACCCCCAAUACCAUCACCAUGAUCCCCAACUCCCUGGUGGGCCUACAGACCCUGCACCCCUACAACACCUUUGCAGCAGGGUUCAACAGUACGGGGCUCCCGCACUCACACUCCACCACCAGGGUAUAGCUCCAGGGGCUGUGCCCACCCAUGCCCGCACACAGGGGACACUGGCUGGGGCAGCGGGAGCUGACGGAUGCAGAUUGGGCAGCACACACAGAUGGAUCCACCUGGCAGGGUGGAGCCGAGCCCCAGGGCCAGCAGGACCCCUGGUGCGGGACAGGUGGGCUGCUCGCCCCUCUGGCUCGCUCUUCUGAUUUUACUUUGUAAAGUGCUUUGACUCUCCGUGUGCUGAGAGGGCUGACACCGGGGCAGCAGGGCCCAGCCAGAGCGGUGCAGGAGAAUGGACAGCAGAGCAGGUGCAGAGAGUGUCACCCAGCCCUGCACACUGUAUCUCGCUGGAAACCCCCGUGCAGGACAAUGAGAAGGACCUGCCUGGGGAGGAGGUGAUGGUGUGUCUGCCCCCUGGCCUGGACAUGGCACUAGAGGACUCUGCGCCACUGGGGAGGUGGUGCCUCCUGGAGCCCUCUUUCCUACCCCCCAAGUACAUUGGGGACUGGCUAGGAGCAGUCCUUGGCAUUCUCUUUCCAUUGGACCUGUUGGGUUGAUUGAAAUUUGCCAUUCAAAGUGCCAUGGAAAAGGCUCCAGCACUCUGUCAAAUUGUGGUGUGAAGCAGCUGCCUUGGGCCACUGGUGCUGGGCAGGAGGGGCUCAGUGCCCAGUCUGGCGCCGGGUGGGAAGGCUCAGUGCCCGGGUUGGCGCUGGGCAGGGGGGCUCGGUGCCCGGUCUGGCGCUGGGCAGGGGGGACUCGGUGCCCGGUCUGGCACUGGGGUGGGGG